AAAAACAAAAAACAGAAGCUAGAUGAGAUCACAGAUCUAAUCCCACAUUUUCCUAGAAAAUUCCACAAAUCUUUUUGCGUUCCCUCGUUGCAUUUGCAUCCCAAGCUCUCAGCUAACACCCACUCCCGCGUUUCCUCGUUGAAUUUGUAUCCAGAGAUCCAUUCCAUUUUUUGUUUUCCGAGAAAGCUCGAAACUCGGCCGGAAAAGCCUCCGAUUUUUCUUUCAUGGCAAAUGCUUGGAAAAAGGAGAAGUCCUCGCAGUUCCACCCCUCGAAGACAACCAAGACCGUCUGCUUAUUCUUUAUUAGCACACUCCUUUUCCUCAUGUUCUUCAUCUAUUUCACCGCCCAACCCUCAAGUCCUAACCCUAAUCCCACCUUCAGAACCGAUUUUUCUUUCUAUUCAAUUCCAGCUUUUGAUUGCUUGAAGUGCCCUCAGUCCCACCCAGUGAUCGCGAACCUCGUGGAGGGCCUCCGAUACCCCUUCCUCUACUCUCUCGCCGACCUGGGAACCUUGCCUGAUAAGCCCCACAAGAACAUUGUCAGAAUGCUAAAAGGGAAACCCUUUCGGAAGCCCGAUAUCUCGGUUUCGAUUCAGGAGGUUCUGGAGAAACUAAGAGGUGAAGGAAGAGGUAAUGGGCUCGUCGUCGAUGUGGGUGCCAAUGUGGGCAUGGCCAGCUUUGCCGCCGCGGCGAUGGGUUUUAGGGUUUUGGCUUUCGAGCCGGUCUUCGAGAACUUGCAGAGGAUUUGUGAUGGGAUUUAUCUGAAUCGCGUCGGGAAUUUGGUCACCGUGUUCGAGGCUGCCGCGUCAGAUCGGACUGGGAACAUUACCUUCCACAAGUUGGUCGGUCGGCUGGAUAACAGUGCAGUUUCAGCAACAGGUGCAAAGAUGGCAUUCAAAUCCAAUGAAGAGAUAGCACUUGAAGUGAGGUCCAUCCCCCUCAAUGAAGUAAUCCCAGAAUCAGAGCCUGUGCUUCUGAUCAAAGUAGAUGUUCAGGGCUGGGAAUAUCAUGUUCUAAAGGGAGCCUCGAAGUUACUAAGGAGAAGGGGAAGGGAAGCCCCAUAUCUCAUCUACGAGGAAGAUGAGAAAUUGUUGCAAGCCAGUAAUAGCAGUGCCAAAGAGAUUCGAGACUUCCUACAAACUGUGGGUUAUAGUCAUUGCACUAAGCAUGGUACAGAUGCCCACUGCAGCAAGACAGAUUGACGCAAUUUUCUACCUUAAAGUUUGCUCUGAGAAAUGUAGCCCAAUUGCAGUUUGAUUGGUGGCUCGCCUUAAUGAUUAGAGGCAGCAAAAGGCAUGGAACAUUAAUCUUCCAAGAGUGAAAGGAAUAUUGUCAGAGUUGCUAAUGACAAAUUUGUUACAAAGAUGCCAUUUUCGUGAUUGAAAUGCACAGCUUAUUUGCUGCUUAGAGGAUAACAUCCAUGCGGGAAUUGGCAGACAUUAAGAAAGUUUGGUUUGAUGAAGCUGCAGUGCCAUUGCUUGCUAGUUGAUUUAUGCUUAGUAUUUUGUCAGCUGUGCAUCGAUUUGUAAGCUUUAAAAUGUAAAUUACUUACCUAUUGUUAUUUGGUAGAUUCACUGAUUUUUUUA